UGCUUAUUUUCUUUUGUGGUAAGACCAAGUUUUUUGGAAUGUAUAGCGAGGGCAGCCUGUGGUGGCGUUAUUUACACUUCUUCAGUAACUGGCGUGGAACCCGUCAGUGCCACUGCAAUGUAAAUACUGUCCUCCUGACCCAGAGCCGCUGGGCUCAGCGCUGCUCUUCCCAGUCAACACUCAGUGUGACUCGCGGGCCCACCAAGGGGGACCGUUACUUCCACGCGCAUGCGCCGACACAAAACAGCUGGCCCUCAGCCCGCUGCGGACGCAUGCGCUGAGCAAAAGGCAUGUCCCAAGCUCUUCCCCAAAGCGCAAAUGUUCCACCGUAGCUGCGCAGUGAACAGUUCAUUUCCGAGCCCCGCUUUCCUCCACAGCGCAUGCGUUAGAUGCCGUUUCGCCAUCACCAUGGUAAUGGGACGCGGAGCCCGGCCUGUGUGAGUGGGGUUCUCCUGCACCCCGCCGGCCGCCAUGUCGGAGAUUCUGUGCGAGUGGCUGAACGGGGAGGUGAAGCUGUCCCGGAGUGUGGAUCCAAAAUCUUUACCAAAAGAAUUUUCUACUGGCUACCUAAUUGGAGAAAUUCUGCACAAAUAUGAGCUUCAGGAUGACUUUAACCAAUUUUCACAAAGCAGGGUCGCAAAUUCUAAACUUAACAAUUUUUCUCGCCUGGAACCAACGCUUCAGCUCCUUGGUGUGCAGUUUGAUCAGAAUGAGGCCCAGAAUAUCAUGACUGAACAGCAUGGGGCUGCAACCAAGCUUUUAUAUCAGCUUUAUGUUGCCCUUGAAAAGAAGAAAAAGGCAGGGCUCACAGGAGUAGCCAUGGAAACAAUGAGACCUGCAGGACCUGCAAAGCUCAAGGGUAUUGAGAGUGAGUUGUAUCGAGAGCGUCUUAGAAACCUAAUGCCACGGCAGACUGACUUGAGACUGCAGGAGGUUUCAGAGUAUUUUGAAAUGAAAUCUAAGCACAUGGAAAAUAAAAUGGCUCAUAUACGCUUCGCAGAACAACAAAAAGUUCAAAAAAUCCAGGAGGAGCAAAGAGCACAAGACAUUGAAAAGCAUCGUAAAGGAAGAAGGAGGCAAAAUGAAAUAAUGGCCAGGAUUCAAGCAGCUAUUAUACAGAUUCCAAAACCACCACCAAACCGUACCUUGAAAGCUAUGGAAGCCCAAAAAAUGUUAAAAAAGAAAAAAGAAGCACAGGAUGUAUACAUGGAAAUUAAGAAGUUUGAAAAGUUUAUGAGGAAAGAGAGCCCUACUUCUGGUAGCACCCAAGUCACUGACAGCAGUAUACAGGACACCUUGGAAACACAGGAGGUAGACACAACAGCUCCAGACACCACAGCCCAGACAACUACUGAAUUAUUGAGCACUUAUUCAGAUGAUGAAUAUACAAGAAAAAUUCAAAAACGUCUAGAGGAAGACAGUUUUGCCCGGGAGCAAAGAGAAAAAAGACGACGGAAGAUGUUAAUGGAACAGCUAAUAGCCCACGAAGCACAAGAGGAGGCUUACCGGGAAGAUCAACUUAUUAACCGACUAAUGAGACAGUCCCAACAGGAGCGGAGGAUUGCUGUGCAACUCAUGCAUGUUCGGCAUGAAAAAGAAGUGUUGUGGCAGAACAGAAUUUUCAGAGAAAAACAGUAUGAGGAAAGACGACUGAAAGAGUUUCAAGAAGCCCUUGACAGAGAGGCGGCCCUUGCAAAACAAGAAAAAAUUGAUUACGAGGAACAAAUUUGCAAAGAAAGAGAACUACACAAGAAAAUUGCUGCUGAAAGAGCAGAGGCUCGAUAUAAAAAGCAUUAUUCCAUGUGUUGGGAAGUGAUUGACCAAAUUAUUGAUCUGUCAACCAAAACAGGAGAAUAUCGAAUGUUGACAAACAACCUAAUUCCAAUUAAACUGAUGCGUGAUUGGAAAGAGCUUUUUUUUAAUGGAAAACCAAUAUAUGAACAAGCAUCACUUGACCCUUUGCAAACUGACCCAACCCCAGAACAACUUGUAGAGCUGGAUAAAAUGAAUUUGCUAGAUGAGAAAGAUUAUGAUGAAUAUAAGAGUAUGAUAGGGGAGUGGUGCCCACCUGAAGAGCACAAUGGAAGCAAACCCCCAUCUAAUAAUAAUAUAUUGGGUCAUGUGAUUUAUAGAUUGAUGGACAUUGUCUACCCUCCAAAGCCUGAACCCCCAACACCUGUAUUUCCGCCAUUUCCUAUCCAGGGAUGUGUUUUAGGAAAGCUUUUUAGUGGAAAAAGCACCUGUGUAAACUUCUUGGAAAAAGCUUGCAACAUUCAGGUAUUAUCUAUUGAUACUUUGGUCCAGGACAGCAUCAAAGCUUUCCAUGAGAGUGAAAUGGAAAGUGAGAAUAAUUUGAUUCCACAAGAAGUGGAGGAUUCUGGGAAACAAAAUGAAGUCCUGAAGAGGCCUUCUUCAGCUUCAGCAUCUAUGGUUUCUGAGACAGUGCCAAAGAGCACAUCACUUGAUGGAACCAAAGAUAAUGGUCUUGGCAGAAAAGAAUCAUCUCAUCAACAAAUGAAGUUAAAUGAGAGUAAAGAUGAAGUAUCCAAACUGUCUGUUCGUGCCAGUCUUGGUGCAGCAUCAGAGCAAUUGUUGAAGAAAGGAAAAAAUAUUCCUGAUGAAUUGCUAGUUGACAUCAUGGUGGAAGCUAUUAAACAAACACCGCAGAAGAAGGGAUGGAUCAUGGAUGGCUUUCCAAUGACAAUAAACCAGGCAAAACUACUUGAAAAAGCCCUUACAGGGCGUGAUCCAGACAAAGCAGAAAUGAAGGAUGAGAAGUUUAAAAAGUCCUCCCUGCUUACAGACCCAGCAGCCCCAAAAGAGCCACCUUUUUCCCUACCUGCUUUUGAUUUUGCUCUGUUAUUAGACAUUUCAGACACCACAGUACUAGAACGUAUGGCGGGCAUGAAGGAUAUAUCAAGUUCAUCUCAGAUUCAGCUGGAAGACAGCAAUCAAACUUCAGAUGUUGAACUCAAAGAAAGAGAGAAGAUUGAUUUAGUUGGGGACCAAAUACAACAUAGAAUUGCAGGCUUUCUAGACAACUGGCCAAAACUAGAGAAAUGGUUUUCAGUGCAGCAAAAUAUUCUAGUGAAAGUCAAUGGUGAGACAGAAAAGAACCUUCUAUGUAAAAGGAUUAAGGAAAUCUUACUCGAAGAAAUUGUUAAAAAGCAGAAUAAAAGAAAAGAACUGGAAAAAAAAGAAGCUGAGAAAAAGCAAGAAGAUCCCACUCCAUUUCCACAAACUGAAACACUGACAGUACCAUCAGACAAAAAUAAGGAAACUGAAUCUGCUUCUGAAGAUAAGGAGCUUGCAAAAUCCAAAUCACCCAAAGAGCCACUCAAAAAGUCAGAAUCCUUUAAAGACAAAAAAGGAAAGAAAGAAGAAGCAUCCAAGGGAAAAGAUGCAGCAAAUAAACCAGGCUCUGUUCGAGGAAAAUCUCCAGGGAAAAUGUCUUCACAAGUUACACCUGAAGAUCUACCUCCUCUCAUCUCUCUGGGACCAUCACCAAUUAAGCCAGGAUCAGAUGAAUGGAUUUAUGUAGAUGAGCCACUUCCAAAGGAAAUACCUGAAUUUUUAAUACCUUACUGGGAAAUGAUAGAAAAUGCAUAUGAAAAUACCAUCAAAACUAUACUUAGAUAUCUGAGACAAGAACGGUAUUUUGUAAUUCACUACUUAGCAGAUACUAGAAACCAUUUUAAGGAUUACCUAAGGCGUCCAGACCAUAAGCAGGAAUUUGUAUCUCAGUGGCAAUCUGAUUAUAACUCCAUUGCUGAUGAUCUGUGGGAAGAUGAGGAAACAAAAGCAGAAUUACACCAAAGGGUUACUGACCUGAGGGACCGUCUUUGGGAUAUUUGUGAAAACAGGAGGGAAGAAGCAGAGCAAGAACGUAGUGAUAUCAUGAAUGAUGGUUGGUUACCGGAUCAUAUGGGUAUCCUGAUGAACCACUUCUUUUCACUUAUGCAGGUUGAAGUGGACCGUUUCCAAGAUACAAUGAGAUUUCUACAUGACUAUUACAGGGGAAUGGAAGGCAAAAUGCCAACAGAAGCUUGUCGAGAGUUCUCUAGAAUCCCAUUAUUAGAUAUUGUUAAUGUAGAGCAAUCUGUGGAUCAAAGCAAGUCAAGAAGGAUUCCUAUGGUUCCUCGUAAAGCCCCUUCUCCUGAAAUAAAUAUCACUAAACAGAAAAGCAAAGCAAUUCAAGUAAAGAGCAAUAAGGAGAAUUCCUCUGAAAGUAUAACAUUUAACUUUGGAGCAGAUGAGAAAAUUAUCACUGAUACAUGGCAAGCAGCAGUAACAGCAAUAUCAAAUAUGGUAAAUGCUGAAAUACAAUCAAAAGAAGCAGAGGAAGAAAAAGAACGUCAGCAGCUAGAAAAGAAAGAACAAGACCGUCAAAAACCUUCUCAGGCAGCAGGAGGCAAAGGUGGUGGAAAGGAUACCAAAGAUGCUAAAACACCACUUCCAAAAUCACCCAACAAAAAGAAAGGUGCUCCUUCAUCAACACUUGUGGUUGAAGUCGUUCCUAUUCUUCUAACACCAGAGGAACUGAAGAAGCAGGAAUUGAAGCUUAAAAUGAAACAAGAAUAUUUUAGUGCCCUUGAAUUUGAAGAGGAAGCUGCAAAAUCUCGACUACAGCUUAUAAAGACAAAGGCAUUAGCAUUUGUUGAAGAGCUAGCAAUGAAAGCAGAAGAAACUUACAAAUAUAUGGAAAAGUGGCUUGGAGCCAGGUUCCUAGCAGAAAUGUCCAGUGUUGACAAAUUAACUGAGAUUGCACGCCACCACAUUGAAUGUUCUACCAAAAUCCCAUAUGAACUGGUUUUAGAUGAGACAGACUUCUUCAUAAACAAUGAUGUAAAAGUAAUUCCAGAUCCUAUCCCACCACCACGGCCUCCACCUGUAGAGACAUCUGUAAAUGGUACUCUGACUAUUUCACAGCUUAGCACACUGCAUAAGCAAUUUCUACAGGUGGCACCUAAAGCCAUAAAAGCAUUGAAGCAUUUUAAAGGCAAGAAUAUCCCUCCUAACAAGAACAAAGACAUUGACGAAGGAAAAGAGAGACAAUAUUUUGAACAUCAAGCAAAGGGGAAUCACCAGUUUCUGAAAACAUGGCUAACGAAAUACCCCUGGCUAAAGUAUGAUGGUAAAAAAGGAAUAAUGUUCUGUGCCUUGUGUCGCAAGCAUAAUGUGAACUUGGGGGAAAACAUACAUAACUUUUGUUCUGGGUCUGACAUUUUUAAGCUUGAAUUUAUAAAUAUACAUCAGAGCAGUGAAGCUCAUGCCUGGGCUAGUUGCAUGGAAGCUGCCAGCAAUGCUACAGGAGACCAAGCUUCUACUGAGCAGAUGCUAAAGAGCAUGAGCAAAGUAACUUUAGGAAGAAUAGAAAAUAUUUUUAGAACAUGCCAUGCCAUAGCCAAGUGUGGACGUCCUUUCACAGAUAUUGACUGGAUGUGCAAACUGGAUGACAUGAAAGGUGUGGACAUUGGUUCUAUGUUCAGAAAUGGCAAGUCAGCAAGAACAUUUAUACAUUAUAUUGCUGAAGUAGAACGUAGAGCCUUGAAAGAAAAACUCGAAAAGUGUAAGUUCUUCUCCCUCAUUAGUGAUGGAGUUGCAGACAAUGCAAUCAAAGAAGCUGCUGUUGUAUAUGUACGCUUUGCAUAUAAAGGAAAAGUCCACUGCCAGAUUGUUGGGGUUCAAUCAGUUGACAAAUCUGAUGCUUCAACUGUAAAGAAUGCCAUUGUAAAAACUUUGCAAAUCAAUCUUCAGCUCAACCUGUCAAGUCAAGACUGGUCAAGAAAACUAGUUGGGUUUGGGAGUGAUGGUGCAGAAGUCAUGGUAGGAGAAAACAAUGGGGUAGCUAAGCUGCUGAAGGAAAUUCAGCCUUGUGUGCAGUCUGUGCAUUGUUUUGCUCAUCGACUUGAACUGGCUUACAAGGAAGCACUGAAAAGCAUUCAGCUAUACACAACUUUAAUUGGUCUCUUGCAAAAUAUAUAUUAUUUUUAUCAUAAUUCACCUUUAAAUAAGACCAAUCUCAAAUCCACAUAUGAAACUCUUAAGCUACGUCCAGCGAUUCCUUCUCGAAUUGGUGGCACCCGGUGGCUUUCUCGCUUACAGACAGCUCUUCAGAUCCUUCUUAAGAGUUAUCCUGCCAUUCUCCUACAUAUGAGUAAGUUGCAAGGGGAUCCAAGCACCUCACAUCACCAAAAAGUCAAAGGCCUUCUAAAGCUCCUUUUGAAAAUGGAGGUUGUCAAGUUCUCUCACUUUUUGCUGGAUAUCAUUAAUGUACUCAACAUUCUAUCCCGUGUUACGCAGGAUCGUAACUCUUCCAUUGCAGAUAUAUUUUCAACCAUGCAGUCGACACUGGAAACACUACAAAUGUAUAAAACAAGAUCUGGUCCAAAGGAGCGCCUAGUGGAGACAGUUACACACUUUCAUGGUCACCAGCUUGUAGGAAAUGGAAAUAUCUUACCUGUAAGAACCAAAGUAUUAAGCAAUCUUGUGAGGAUGCUACGUGAUUGUUUCUGUGAUGCUAGCCAAGAUGUUUUGAGAGCAACAACCAUUGGAAGUUUUAAACUUUGGCCAGAAAAGAUCAAACAAGAAUUUGGUGAAAGGGAGGUGUCCGUCCUAACUAAGCAUUAUGAACCAGUACUGGAAGGUGCCAAUGUAAAAGUUGAUGAGGUUGACACCGAAUGGAGCAUGCUAAAAUUAGAGCUAUAUGACAGAUUUCAGAACAUUCGGAGUUUGACAUGGGAUUCAGUGAAUUCAGAUUACUUGCACAAGUAUCCAAACAUCCUGAUGCUAGUAGAUUUGAUCCUAGCACUGCCUGCAAGUUCAGCUGAGGCAGAGCGUGGCUUCAGUCAGAUGAAGCUUAUCAUGAUGCAAAUGCACUCUAAAGGAAUGUCUGAAAGUAUGACUGAUCUCAUGGUAAUUCAGCUGAAUUCCCCAGACAUCAAAACGUUUGAUCCAGAGAAGGCUAUAUAUUUGUGGAAUAGUGCUUCGCAGAAACAUAGACUACAGACUGGCUAUAUGAUAACUAAUGGAAGAUCAGAUUGCUCCUCAGACUCUGAUUUUGAUAGCCAUUGUGGGAGUGAUUAAAGUUGUGCAAAAUAUCCAGUUUUCAUAUUUGUAUCAUGCAUAAAGACUUUUGUAGCAUUCCUUGAAAAUUUAGCCAAAGCAAAAAUUGCAUUGAUUUUACAAAAUUUUAGCAUUAUAAAGAUAGAAGCCAUAAUAUAUCCACUACUGAAUCUCCAAUAGCUUUUCAAUACCAGAGCCCAACCUAAAUAUGGUACUCUAGAUGUUUUAUGCUAUUAGUGGAUCCUGACUCCUCUCAUUUAUGGGACAGUAUGGUGUCUUGUAGUUUCCUUCUGGUCAUUUAUUAUUCAUGAUUUAACUGUAGUAUUCUACAUCCAGUAUGGUUGCCUGCAAUCUCAGCCUCAAACUUAAUUUUAAAACGUUUUAAAACCUGUUUUUAAAGAUUUCCAAAUGACAGAGAUUCUAAAAUCUUCCUGAGAGUCUAUUCCCGAUCUUAACUACCCUUACAGUUAGAAAGUUUUUCCUAAUAUCAAACUUACAUCUCCCUUGCUGCAGAUUAAGCCCAUUAGGUCUCAUUCUACUUCUAGUGGAGACAGAGAACAAUGGAUCAUAUUCCUUUUUUUAAUAACAAUCCUUUACAUAUUUGAAAACUGUUAUCAGGUCACCCUUUCCUCACAGGUCACAUUUUCUAAGCCUUGUGUCAUUUUUGUUGGUCGUCUUUGGAUUCUGUCUAGUGUGUCCACAUCUUCCCUAACUGGAUUGCUAAUUAUUUUUCCUGUUCUAUUUUGGCUGAGAACUACUGUGAUCAUGUACGUUUAAUGUUUGUCAAACUUACCCUGAAAAAUACGCGAGAGGCAAAUUAGAGCCAUUUGAACCUAUUUGAUUGUUAAUUGCCUCUCGUAGAUGAACAGUCUGUAUUUCAAAGAAGUCACAGAAUUCAUUCUUUUGAAAUUUGUACUAAAAUUUCACUUCCAGUCAAGGGGAAAGACAACCAGUAUCAGAACAGCUUCCAGGAAAUUGUUUUUUGGUUGUUGUUUUUUUAAGUCUCAAGUAAUGCCAUCCAAUUUAUAUCAGAAGAAAAAUGGAGUGAGAUUAUUUAUGUUUAUGUUCUUCAAAACUUUCUUGAGGACUAAGACCCAUACAAUUCUUAAGAAAUUGAAACAACUGUACAAUAAAAGAAAAUGUCAAGAUGUCACUCACUUCUAAAUCAAGAAGAUUAGCUUUAUACUCUGGAUAUUAGGUAUCUCAGAUGUUUAUGUGUAGUAUAUACACAAAAUACUAUUAGAUCUUAGCAGUUGUCAUAUUCAGUAAUAUAAUAAACAUUUGUAUAAUAUAGUUGUACAGCCUUAGAAUGAUGCUUACGCUAAUGGAAGAUAAUUUUUUUAUAAGAUGUGAAUUUUCAGACAACAACUCUGGCUAAGCAUUACUAAUCCUAUUAUUAAGGAACAAAGCACAGUAUAUGGUACAUAUUGUGCUUGGUGCAUUAUUUCGUACAUAGUGUUGCCAAUUCUCUAACUAUUUUGUCAUGAAUUUCAUGACAUUUGGUGUGUUUCCUAAAGCACCAGAUCUUGGAGUUGUUAGAUUCUCAGUGUUAAUUUUAUUUACUUUAAAGGAACUUUUUAGCCCUCACGGCUGCGGAGGAAAGCUUGAAAAUCUGACUCUCAAAGGAUCGAACAACAAACAAACAAAAUGAUCCUGAAGUUUAGAGUUUUUAAUGUCCUUAUUUUUAAAUCAAUAUCAUAAUUUUUUGAAUGCUGGGGAUUGGCAAUACUGGGUACAUUGCUUUAGGUAAAAUGCUGCAAAACACUAAAUAAAUGGUUCUGUCUUAACAUGAAGCAUAUUCAGAAAUGUUUCAUUAUGGUUAUAAGAUGAUUCUAUGCAAACAUUAUCUCAAAAUUAAAUGAAGAAAAAUAAUUAAAUUAUUUUUGUUUUUUAAAAUGUAAUCUUACAGUCACAAGUUUCAUCCUUUACUGAAUAAACAAGGAAAUAAAUUAAA